CUUCCAGAAACGAUGGGUGUCGCUAGACCCAGCUAGGACUCCGCCAGGCUCCAGCACUCAGCCUAAGGAAGGGCCCUCUUCCAGCCUUGCUCUCCCUGCCUGUCAUGGCCACACUCGGCUGCUGCCCGCUUGUCUGGGGACGUAGGGCACCCAGCCCCAGCCCUGCGAGGUUAAGCCAGGCCCUCUGGCUCCAUUCCACAGGGGCACUCCGGGCACCAGGCCCCUUUCAGAGCAAGAGCAACUGAUGGCAUGGGAGAAGCCCCUGCCCACCUGUCUACUCACCUGGAGCUGCCUGCUCUAGGCCCAUGCACUGGGUCCCCCUGGAGGUGCCAACCCUGUGACCCCCUCCCCUGUCCCCCGACGCUGAGAAAGCCUUGUCCACCCCCACCAUGUGUGAGGUGAUGCCCACAAUCAACGAGGGGGACCCCCUGGGGCCCCCCCAUGGCGCCGAUGCUGACGCCAACUUUGAGCAGCUAAUGGUGAACAUGCUGGAUGAGCGGGAGAAGUUGCUGGAGUCCCUUCGGGAGAGUCAGGAGACCUUGGCAGCCACGCAGAGCCGGCUCCAAGAUGCCCUGCAUGAGCGGGACCAGCUCCAGCGCCACCUGAACUCUGCCCUCCCCCAGGAAUUUGCCACCUUAACCCGGGAGCUGAGCAUGUGUCGGGAGCAACUUCUAGAAAGGGAGGAAGAGAUAUCAGAGCUGAAAGCAGAGCGGAAUAACACAAGGUUGCUUCUGGAACAUCUGGAGUGCCUGGUGUCCCGCCAUGAGCGGUCGCUGCGGAUGACUGUGGUCAAGCGCCAGGCCCAGUCACCUUCAGGGGUCUCCAGUGAGGUGGAGGUGCUGAAGGCCCUCAAGUCACUGUUUGAGCACCACAAGGCUCUGGAUGAGAAGGUGCGGGAGCGGCUCCGAGCAGCCCUGGAGCGCGUUACCACCUUGGAAGAGCAGCUGGCGGGGGCCCACCAGCAGGUGUCUGCCCUGCAGCAGGGGGCCGGGGUUCUGGAUGGAGCGGCAGAAGAGGAGGGGGCUGUGGAACUGGGACCGAAGCGCCUGCGGAAGGAUGACACGGGCCGGAUAGAGGAGCUACAGGAGCUCCUGGAGAAGCAGAACUUCGAGUUGAGCCAGGCCCGGGAGCGACUGGUCGCCUUGACAGCAUCCGUGGCCGAGCUUGAGGAGGACCUGGGCACGGCCCGCCGGGACCUCAUCAAGUCGGAGGAGCUGAGCAGCAAGCACCAGCGAGACCUCCGGGAGGCUCUGGCCCAGAAGGAAGACAUGGAGGAGAGAAUCACGACACUAGAGAAACGCUACCUGGCUGCUCAGCGUGAGGCCACAUCCAUCCAUGACCUCAAUGACAAACUAGAGAACGAGCUAGCCAAUAAGGAGUCCCUGCACCGCCAGUGUGAGGAGAAGGCCCGACACCUCCAGGAGCUGCUGGAGGUGGCGGAGCAGAAGCUGCAGCAGACCAUGCGCAAGGCAGAGACGCUGCCGGAGGUGGAGGCCGAGCUGGCUCAGAGAAUCGCGGCCCUCACCAAGGCUGAAGAAAGGCAUGGCAACAUUGAGGAACACCUGCGGCAGCUGGAGGGGCAGCUGGAGGAGAAGAACCAGGAGCUGGCAAGGGUGCGUCAGCGGGAGAAGAUGAAUGAGGACCACAACAAGCGGCUGUCGGACACCGUGGACCGGCUGCUUAGUGAGUCCAACGAGCGCCUGCAGCUGCACCUCAAGGAGCGAAUGGCGGCCCUGGAGGAGAAGAAUACGUUGAUCCAGGAGCUGGAGAGCUCCCAGCGGCAGAUCGAGGAGCAGCACCAUCACAAGGGCCGCCUGUCUGAAGAGAUUGAGAAGCUGCGCCAAGAGGUGGACCAGCUGAAGGGUCGAGGGGGGCCGUUUGUGGAUGGCGUCCACUCCAGGUCGCAUAUGGGCAGCGCAGCAGACGUGCGGUUCUCCUUGAGCACAGCCACCCACGCGCCCUCAGGUCUGCACCGCCGCUACUCGGCACUGCGGGAGGAGUCUGCUAAGGGCUGGGAGCCCUCUCCACUGCCUGGGGUGCUGGCCCCCACAGCCACCCCUGCCUUUGACAGUGACCCUGAGAUCUCCGACGUGGAUGAGGACGAGCCAGGGGCUCUGGUGGGCUCCGUGGAUGUUGUCUCCCCCAGCGGCCACUCAGACGCCCAGACCCUGGCCAUGAUGCUGCAGGAGCAGCUGGAUGCCAUCAACGAGGAGAUCAGGAUGAUCCAGGAAGAAAAGGAGUCCACGGAGCUCCGUGCUGAGGAGAUUGAGACCCGUGUGACCAGCGGCAGUAUGGAGGCCUUAAACCUGACCCAGCUGCGCAAACGUGGUUCCAUCCCCACCUCUCUGACCGCCUUGUCCCUGGCCAGCGCGUCCCCUCCGCUCAGUGGCCGCUCCACACCUAAGCUCACCUCCCGCAGUGCAGCCCAGGACCUGGACCGGAUGGGGGUCAUGACCCUGCCCAGUGACUUAAGAAAGCAUAGGAGGAAGCUGCUGUCGCCAGUGUCUCGGGAAGAGAGCCGGGAGGAUAAAGCCACCAUAAAAUGUGAGACUUCUCCUCCUUCCUCACCCAGGACGCUGCGGCUGGAGAAGCUUGGCCACCCAGCCCUGAGCCAGGAAGAAGGCAAAAGUGCUUUGGAGGAUCAGGGCAGCAACCCCAGCAGCAGCAACAGCAGCCAGGACUCCUUGCACAAGGGUGCCAAGCGCAAGGGCAUCAAGUCGUCCAUUGGCCGCCUGUUCGGGAAGAAGGAGAAGGGCCGGCUGAUCCAGCUGAGCCGAGAUGGAGCCACGGGCCAUGUUAUGCUGACAGACUCCGAGCUUGGUCUGCAGGAGCCCAUGGUGCCUGCCAAGCUGGGAACCCAGGCAGAGAAGGACCGGCGGCUGAAGAAGAAACACCAGCUGCUUGAAGAUGCUCGCAGGAAAGGCACGCCCUUUGCCCAGUGGGACGGCCCUACUGUGGUCUCCUGGCUGGAGCUCUGGGUGGGGAUGCCUGCCUGGUACGUGGCAGCGUGCCGGGCCAACGUCAAGAGCGGGGCCAUCAUGUCGGCCCUGUCAGACACAGAGAUCCAACGCGAGAUUGGCAUCAGCAAUGCCCUGCACCGGCUCAAGCUCCGGCUGGCCAUCCAGGAGAUGGUGUCGUUGACCAGCCCCUCUGCCCCGCCUACCUCCAGGACGUCUUCUGGAAAUGUGUGGGUCACGCAUGAAGAGAUGGAAACUCUGGCAACACCCACCAAAACAGACAGUGAGGAGGGCAGCUGGGCUCAGACCCUGGCCUACGGGGACAUGAACCACGAGUGGAUCGGGAACGAAUGGCUGCCCAGCCUGGGGCUGCCCCAGUACCGCAGCUACUUCAUGGAGUGCCUGGUGGAUGCUCGCAUGCUGGACCACCUCACCAAGAAGGACCUGCGCGUCCAUCUGAAGAUGGUGGACAGUUUCCACCGAACCAGUCUUCAGUAUGGCAUCAUGUGUCUGAAGAGGCUGAAUUAUGACCGAAAGGAGCUGGAGAAAAGGCGAGAGGAAAGCCAGCAUGAGAUCAAGGAUGUGCUGGUCUGGACCAACGACCAGGUGGUUCAUUGGGUCCAGUCCAUCGGGCUCCGGGAUUACGCAGGAAAUCUGCAGGAGAGCGGUGUGCACGGUGCCCUGCUGGCCCUGGAUGAGAACUUUGACCACAACACACUGGCCCUGGUCCUCCAGAUCCCCACACAGAACACCCAGGCACGCCAGGUGAUGGAAAGAGAGUUCAACAACCUGCUGGCCUUGGGCACAGACCGGAAACUGGAUGAUGGCGAGGACAAGGUGUUCCGGCGCGCGCCGUCCUGGAGGAAGCGCUUCCGGCCGCGGGACCCGCACGGCGGCCUGCUCGGCGCCGCCUCGGCCGAGACGCUGCCGGCCGCCUUCCGCGUGGCCACGCUGGGGCCGCUGCAGCCGCCGCCCGCGCCGCCGAAGAAGAUCACGCCGGAGGCUCGCUCCCACUAUCUCUACGGACACAUGCUCUCCGCCUUCCGGGACUAGCCACGGCCCCCAGGGCCAGCAUCUGGGUUUCGCAGGCUCGGCUGGCCCUGGCCCCUCCUGCUCGUUCCCUGGUCCUCUCGCGGCUCCUAGUCUCGUCGUGACUUUCCAGUUGCCCUGGAUCUCAGAAUAUACUCGUCCACCCCCUCGGCAUCCCACUACCCUGAGUCCCACCGUGUGUCCUUUGUGAGUCUCUUGUGGCUGUGGCUGGGACUCGAGGUUGUCCGUGCUUGGGAUUCUGCAGAAGGGACAGGACAGCAGCAGCCCAGGCGGGGUUGUGACUUCAUCCUCCCUCUUCUGGGCCUAGCCUGGUCUGGACUGCGACCUCCACCAGAUACCAGGAUGCCGUGCUGAGGGCUGAGGAUGGCCCUUUCAAGAAAAUGGCACUUCGGACUCUGCCUUGCUCAGGCUGUUGGGCCUCUGGUCCCUGUGCACAUCCCGGUUGUCUGACCUCUGGUUAGAGCACCCCCAGCAUCACCCCUCUUUUCCCACCUCAUCGGCACAACAGCAGCUCCUGUCUCCAGAUGGUCUUUGGGGGCUGGGUAGGGCUGCCGGAAGCCCCAUUAUUCUUCAGAUGGUGAGGCUGGGGAGGAGGAAGCCUAAGGGGGUGAUUCGGGGCUCUUAUGAUGCAUCCCAAAUGUGAGCUGGGGAAGACUCUGAGAGACAUGGGCCCCUGAGCUUUGGGCCAACGGUAAGGAUGGGGAAACUCUCAGCCCUCACACCCCGUAAGGAGUGCAGGCAGGUCAGCUGGACAGAGAGCCAAUGGCCUGUGGUAGACUUAAGCCCAAAGAGUAGUAGGCCUCCUGCCCCAGCGGUAGGGUGGAGUUGCUGCUGCGGCAGGGCUGGGGGCUUGUGUGGGGUCUUGGCUCUGGGCCAGAAGAGAGCUACCCAUGCACUGUCUACUCUGCUCAGCAUCCCCUCCCUUGCUCUCCCCCCUCUACCCCAUUUAGUAAUCCAGCUCCUAAGAAUAUACCCAGUGGGUGGAUUGAAGAUACCCUGACCUUCAAGUCAGAUUUGGGAAAAACGUAGUCGGGGGUUCUCUUCCCCUGAUCCCUUGGGAAGAAAAUAAAGCUUCCUCUUUAGUGAGUCCAGGAGAGCCAGUGUUGAUGAAGGUCCUCACUCUCCUGCUUGCCCCUAAAUCAGCCAACCCUUGUUCAGGGCUCUCUUGCUGUGCAGGGCCUGCUUCCUCCAGAAAUUCCUGAGACCCACCCAGCUUCCACCACUUUCAUCACUUUCCUCAGCCGCACGGCGGCCGCCGGGGCUGGGGGAAACAGGUCCUGGUUUGGUUGGAAUGUCAUUCCCAAGAGACCCCUCUUAAUCCACUUCCUCAAAUCCUGCCAAAAUGCCUGGACAUGUUUGGGACCCAAGUUCAGGGGAAGCUGAUAGAACCCAGGGCUUCAUCCAAGUGAGAGGAGAGGACCCGUGUCUGGAGCAUGUUUCCUGGAGGGGUGCCAGUUCCUCUCCUAUAGGUGGCUGAGCAGCCGGUUUGCAACCUGAUCGACUUGGGUUCCGAGCAGGGGCUCGGCGAGCAGGUGGGCUAGUGGGUCAGAGCACCCUGGCCCACAGGGGUGAUGGAGCCUGGGGCAGCGCCAGGGCUCAGAGCCCUCUGCUGGUUUUCGGUAGAGCAGAGGUCCACCGGUGGCGGGGCCGGGUGGGCUCCCCCAGGUGUGGGCAAGGCGCCCACCUGCCCUUGUUUUCCCUGGUUGUUCCUUGCCCUCCCUGUCCAUCAGGCAGCUGCAGAUGGACCUGGAGGCGUUCUUGAGCAGAAAAUGAGUUGGAUGGAGAAAAAAAAGCCUCUAUCCUUGGGAUGUUAAGAUUAUGGAGAAUAUACUCCCCCUCUCCCCCUUGGCAUCCCAGUUCCCUAAGAUUGGUGGAGCUGGGGAUCACAAAGCCAUCUGACUGCGUCAGGGGACUUUUGAUGGACCAGCUAAGUGGGAGAUGCAGCCCCAUCGUCUCCUCUGCAACUUGACCAUGUCAUGGUUGGCUGUGUACCUGGGUCUCUUCAGGGGCAUCUGGGGACAUAUCGCAGGGAGGUGAUGGACAGGAGAACUGAUCCAUUGAGUGAUGGAAGGCUGUUGUCUUGGUGUGUCCCUUGCCUCUCAGUCCAUGUAUUUUUUAUCUGGAGAGUCACCGGUGACCCGAAGCCCCCUCACCAGCCUCCCAUAUCUUGUCACUUCCCUUCUCAGUACUGUACUGGCCCAGUGCAUCACGAAUGGGUGUGCGGGGCCGUUGGAGUGUGAGUGUGUGCGUACCAAUAAACAACCUGGUGGUUUUAAGACAA